CAUGACAAGCACAGAAAUAACUUACAGUAGAUGCACUCAGAAAGUUAUAAAUUAUGUUGCAUUCCAUCUGCAACAUCUUAUCGCACUCUAAUUACUGGAACAACGUACCUCAAUAUAGACGUCAUCUAUACGUGGUGCUCGAGUACCUGAAUCCUAAUUGUGUGACUGAGUUUGGACAGUGCAUAGUAUACACAUUUCUUUUUACUGUUAGACCCAAUUAUUUGAGGACACUGAAUUUGCAACAUAUCUUGGGGAAAAUGUUGAUUAAAUGAUUUUUGCUAUUACAUUAGCCAUUUUACUGAAUGUCCUAUAGUAUGUAGUGCAGAGCUCUUUUCUUGUGUUGACAAAGCAGGGAAGGAACAAAUGCAACCUGUGGGUAUUUAUGCUAAAUUUAUUUUGGCAUCAGUGCUCAAUUCUAUUCAAGAUUUUCAAAGAAAUGACAAAUGGAGUACCAAGCAACAGUUUCAUUGUUUGCCUUACACAAAUAACAUUAUAAAGUGAUGAAAAUUAGUUGUCUGAGGUACCCAGACAAAGCCACUGGUUAUAUAUCCUUCAUUCUAAAGCAGGUCAUGUUUUUACAUCUCCCCUGGUGUUGUUUUAACUGUUUUAUCACCUAGGAUUGAAGUAGUUAUUCUCCCUAUGGAUUAUCAUAUUGUCAUUUUAUUUGUUAGUGCUGAGAAGUUAGGAGUACAUCUAGACAGUUAAAUUAUCCCUUAGCAGUACGUAGCUAGUUGAUUAUUUUUUUGUCAAUUCUCAUCACUUGUCUGCUUCACAGUGUACUAAUGCAGUAAUUACAGUGGAAUCCUAAUUUUUUAAAAACCACCCAAGAGAAUGGGGAUCAGUUCAAACAACUGAGUAGUUUUCUCCUACCUGUAAUUAUUUUGUAAAAGUUUGAAGUAAAGGUUUAAAAAAUCAGGUUUCCACUGUAGAAAUUGAUGUCAAUCAAAUUUGGAGGAAAAAAAAUCUGUUUGUAGACAGAUGAAGGUACUAGCACCCUAGUAUUUAAUUUAUUUUUAUUUGCAGUGCAAAGUGCAUAUGAGCACUGAGUUAACAAGCAGUAUAUGUACAUGUAGUGAGUGUGAUUUGAGUUGCAGCAUUAUGCGAGCCAACCACGAGCCUAAGUCAACCUCGAGUCAUGAGUCAACAGUGAGUCUAUCACAAGUCAAGCUAGUUUUUUUUUCAUUUUGUCCUGAAAAAAAAAAUAGAUUGUAGGAAAAUAAAAUAUACAAAUAUGGAUUGUCUUAGCAGUUAACUGACAGGGUAUUUUACUAACAGGCUCACCUCGAUCACAGCACUAAAUGCCAAUAAGAGGAAACCCUCUCGCACGCGCAUGGCAUGAAUGUUAGCGCUCAACUUUUCUCUCAGUUAGUAGAUAGUCAACAAGAUUCAUGUCACUCACUAUUUGGAUAAGACAGUCUUACCUUGAUAAUUUGCAAUGGACACAGCAAAUAACAUGACUUGCCAUCAUGUUUGCAAUAGUUUGGGGGGGGGGGGGCUGAGCACGAAUAGACAAUCUAUAUUCAUGUAUUUUAUUUCCUACAGUCUAUAUUUUUUUCGGGACAAAAUUAGAAAAAAAAAUUUAAAAAUUGGCUUGACUCCUGGUUGACUUGAGGUUGACUCGGGCUCGCGGUUGGCUCGUGUAACGCUACAACUCAUGUAAUUUAUUUCCGAAUGAGCAAAGAUUUAUUAGAGCUCAGUUAAUCAUUUGCUUUAUCUUAAACAGCUUAAAUCGAGUUAUUUUAAGCCUUAAAAGCACAAAAGCACAUGUGUUUAGUUUUAGAUCUUAAUUCUGUGUAAGUGGGAAAAGUUUUAUAUACCAUAGUUUGGUGAGCUGAUAUUAAGGGAGGGGUUUGGCUUCUCUGAUUUCAAAUAAUGUAACCUUAUUGGAGACUAACUGGCCAUAGAAUUAAGGAAAAUGAUCUUAUUGUCAGCCAUAAAUUAAUUAGUCUUUUUAUCUAUAGUGGCAUUACAGGUUUUUAUUUUGAUGAGAUGAUGUUGCAGUCCAGAGAUCCAUCGGUCAGCUCCUAGGAAUUAUAGUGUCUUUUUUUAGUUGCCCUUUGCAUGUGGAAAAUUUGCGCUACAGUUGUGAAUUUUCUAUACGCAAUUAAGUAAGUAGUAAUGGAAGAGACUGAGUGAAUCUCUAUGAGUGCUUCAUCAACAGUGUGGGAUGUUUUUCCCUAUAAUCUGAUACAUUAAUUGAGGUAGCUGGCAGGCAGUGAAAGUGAAAGGAUGGAAAGAAACAAUGUACUUUCUCAGGUGACAGGUCAUGUUGCUUUCAGGAAAUGUGAUAAGCAGCAAAAUGUUCUGGACAUUGUAGUACCAGUGAGAAUUUUUUUUCAAUUCUCCAAUAUGUUCGUUGUAGUAAUAGUUAACUUAUUAUCAUUGAAUGGAAUUGGACAGUUUUUAUUUACACAUAGAAUUUCAUGUAACAGGUGUAUUGUUUUCAUGAGGAUAUUCUUUUCAAUUUUGCUGCUAUAGAAAUUUGGCCAUAGUAAAAUGUGCAAUUUACAUAAAUAUUUCAAAGCAAGGCUUGGUGGGAAAAUUUUAUCGUCUGAUGGCAUUAUGCAUUAGGGCUAUUAUAUAAUUUGUAGGGUAAACAGAAAUCACCAAUAGGCCCUUUGCACGGUACACAUACUGGUGUGCAAGCUGAACAGUGGGACUUACAGAACAAUGCAACUCGUACCAGGCCACCUGGACCUGCCUUUGUUUUGGAAGUCCCACUGCGUAACUUGCUCACCAGCAUGUGUGAUUUUGUACCAUGUGACCGGAUCGUGCAAGGGGCCUAUAAGUGUUAUCUUCUCAUGUUGAAUUUGACAAUCGACCAAAUCUGGCUAGCUUGAUUUUUUGGGGGGUUUUAAUUUAGCUGCAAAUUAUUUAGUUGCCCAUUAUUUUAAUUUGUGCUUAAAAUAAACUUGUUUUGAGUACCAGUUUCUUUAUUAUUUGAUCGUGUUCAUAACGUGAGUUAUUAUAUGCACUUUCCUGCCAUCAUGUAAAGUGAUGCAAAAUUCCAUCUCGAACAUGCAAACUAAAGAUUUACCAUUCUAAAUUUUAUUGACCUACUGUGUAUAGUGGCAUAAUGCAGCAUACACUCUUCCUGGACUGAGGUAGAGUCUGCAUUCAGGUUUAGUGACCCUUGAGUUAGGUGCUUAACUUCGGUUUCUGCGGUAUGAAGAGACGAGGAAUGUUCCCUCCCCCUUUGGACGGGACAGGGUUGUAUGCUAUCUCAGUGUUACCCCCGUGCGGACAUGCAUUUCUUUCAACUUGGUGCGGAGAGGCACUGUGAGAGAAAAGUGUCUUGCCCAAGAACCUGGGUUUGACUGUAGAAUGGAGUUGUUCAAAGGAUGGGUAAGACUACAGAUCAUAAAUCAUUAUCCAGUGAAUAGCGUAGUUUGCUUCAUCAACACUUAUCAACUAGAUAGUGAUUUAUCUGCAAGUGUCCUUUGAAGAGGACUAACUAAGGGCUAUCAUACCUUCCUUUCCUGGACAGAAUACAAACCUCGUCUUCAUUACACAAGAAGCACUUUGCUCAGAGAUUACCAUUUUUAUAAUUGUGUAUAAUUUGGAAAGAAAAUUUAUAUGCGACAGCAAUUUUGGUGUCAAACUGAAAGUGCCGCAGGGGGAGGGGGUGGGGGGAGGGACUCCCAUGUGAAAAAAACAGAAGUGCUUGUCAUACCUUUCAGGGGUUAAAAACGCGGUUUGGUACCUUUUAGGGUGUUCAUCUUAAAAAGGUUCACAGCGGGAACUUUUACGGUACCUUGUAGGGUAUUGAACCGAAAAGAUAUGACACAAGAUAAUGUGCCGUUUUAGAAAUGGUACCUCUUAGGAGUGAAAACAACUUCAAGCCUCAUCCACAAAGCAGGAUCUUGGUGCCUCUUAAGGGUUCUUUUAAAAAUUUCCGACUAGCACCCCGUCCUUUUGUAUUGGAGUCUCUGCCCCUCCCCCGCGCUGAAAAUAUUUUAAUUCUAUUUUUUCCAGUUCUUCUUUUUGUCCCAUUGUUCAUUCUCUUUCUUGUUCGCUCCAAUCCCUCGCAAUGCGUGACGCUGAAUGGGAGUACAAGGGUCAUUUGAUUGUUUUCGUUGCUCAGCGAGAAAUUAUGUAAAUAUAGGACCAUUGUUAUCUUGUUGAAAACUCUUUUAUUUCUCUCGGGGUUGGUGAGGUCGCUAUGAAAUGAUUUUGGAACGUCGUGGAAUGUCUAGAUGUAAAUGUGUGAUGUAUACAAUUCUUGCAAUCCUAAUUGCACAAACAUCUUCCGCUUUCGCGGGGAAUUCGUUGAAUUCACAGAGUCAAAAUGCCAUUAACCCGCGAAAUUCAAGCACAGAGACUCCAACAGGAGGUGAAACAUGUGAGCUCAGUAACACAAAUUCAUUUGCUAAGUCACCAUGUAGAAUGCCCUGUGAGAAGGAUGAUGAUUGUAUCAAUCAUGGACGGCACACGUGCUGUCCAACUCUGCCAGGUAGCAGCUGUAUAGGAGAAUGUUUAAGAGACAAUCUUAAAUCUAAUGGAGCGACAAAAACAUGUAUAGAUGUUCGCAGAAGAAAACGUUACAUUGUGGGGGAAACAUUCAUUAGAGACAAGUGCUGUACAUGCCUUGAUGAAGGAAUCAACUGUGUUUCAACAACUGUCAAGAUCUGUUAUCUAGGUUGUUGGAAGAACUCAAAGUAUUUUAGACAUGGUGAAUCAAUAUCAUCAAGGUCCUGCUACAAUUGCUCUUGUCACAAUGGCUCAGUCACUUGCUCUUCUGAUGUUAAAUGUCUGCUAGGGAAAUGCAGUUAUAGAGGGAAACUUUAUGAAGAAGGAGCCUUAUUUCACCUUCAGGGAGGAUGCAAAGAAUGUGUUUGCCGCUCCGGCAGAUGGAAUUGUAAUGCAUUGACUUGCAAUGCUGCCAAGUCCAAGGCAGACAUUCCGUCGCCUCAUCAUACAGCGCAUUCACAAAAUGGUUUUCUUUCUACUCUUUCGCUGUUCAUGUACACACUUUUUAUGUCUUUUUGCGGUUAGAGAGAUUUGGUCUCUAAACGUGAGCCUAUCUAGUCGAGGUAUAACACUCUUGAAUUAACUACCACGCUUUAGAAAACAAAACCAAAGAACAUGAGCAUGUGUGAAGUCAAGUUCUCUUUUUAAUUCGUUUUCCCCAUCUAAUUUUCCUCCGACCUAUUUUGAGAUAGAAUCUUAAUUGAACGUUUUAAGAAGAAUCAAUUGUAAUAAGUUAUUUCGUGCUGAUAGGAAUGAAUCUUGAAGUUUAACAUAUCUGAGUUAUAUAUCUUCAGUUUUUGGUGAUGAACCAAUGGUAUACGGUUAUUGCCAAACAGUUAUUUCAGUGUGCGUAUUAACGUGUGUGAAGCGUAGCAAAGGAUUAAAAGGGAAUGAGAAAGAAAAAAGUUAUACUCUUUCGAAACGAGUAGAUUUUUGAUUGCUUUUAACGUUAAGAGUGUUUUCAAUUUUUUAGUACAUAAUCUUUUAGGAACGUUGACCCUGUUCUCUUGCGAUAGGCGUGCCGGGUGUAUUGUUCAGAGAGUCUGUUUAUAUAUUUAAUAACCUGUAAAAUAAACGUAUUAAUAUUCUAGAAAAUGUUUGAAUUAAACUUCGGUUUCUCGCGCGUAAUUCAUCAAGAGAAUCGUGCAUUCAACUAAAUGUCUGAGCCCUACUUGCUCGUGAUAACAUUCUUAAUCCAUCUGUACCCCACCUCUACCCCACCCAAACACCCAACUGUCGUGUUAAAACUACAUUUAAAGGAGGUUAUUUUUUUAUUGACAUGGAAACAAUUUAUCCAGAGUUUGAUUAAGUUAGAAAGAAAUGUUUAUAGUCAUAAAGAUUGGAAAAAACCUAGAUUUUCGGAGUUGUCGGUCCUGUUUUUGCGUCUCAGGUUAGUUCACGAGACUGAAAAGAUUUCAUGUGACAUUUGUCGUUCUGGCAUACUUCUGCUUUCAUACUGAAAGGCCAAACAAAAAACCCCAAGAAGACGGUCCACUUAGAACUGUUGACGCUGACUACGCGUUCUUUCCUUUUAGAACGAUCUCUAGUGUGCGGGA